AUGGGCAAAAGAAAAUAUGAUGAUGAUUCCAAAGUCGUUGCAAAGAAGAGUAAAAAUGAUGAUAAUUCAGAAGAACCCGCUCUAACUGAUACUGAAGAAGGACAACCUCAAUAUGCAGACGACAAUAAAUUAGAGAAAUUAAAACCAAAUAAACCUCGUUUAUUUGACAUAAAACAUUUUAGAAAAGAAUUACAAGGGAAGCAAGGACAAACAAUGGCAUUAACACAAUUUCUACAAGUAUGUCUUAAUCCAGACUCUGACGCGGAUUAUAUGCUGGCCUAUUUAAAAGUUGGUGGAAAUUCUCAUGAAAUAUUACGUCAAAUAUCACCAGAUAACAAAAAGAAUUUAUCGCUGGCCACUCCUACCUUCCACUUGUUUCAUUUAAUUAUAUUAAAAGUUCAGUCUGACUUGCCACACAUGAUCACUAUAACUGAAGAGGCAUGUCGAUAUUUUUUAAAUACUUUUAUACCAACUGUUGAAAUUAUGAUCAGUGAAAACUCGGGACCUCGUCACAGGAAAAUUAUUUUAAACCUCCUUACAUCCAUGGUGACAUUAAACUCGGACUUGGGUGUUGAAAUUCUAAAUCAACUUCCUUUGACCCCCAAAAAUUUACAGCAUGUGGUUGAAAAACCUAAUUAUAAAGAAAAAGAUAAUGUAAGAACUGCAUUUGUCCAUUUCAUGACAUCUUUUCUCGUAGAUGGCCAUUUGCCACUUAUAAAAGCGUUGCUAGAAAAACAAGGCCUCUUAUCAUUGGUCAUUCCUGGAUUAGUCCAAGACGAACCUGACGCUGUUUUGAUGUUUUUGAAUAUUCUCAAAAAGAAUGUUAUUGAUAAUAUUUUAAUUUCUAAAACAUUGAAAUUAAAAACAUUCAACCAUCAAGUGUUACAUAAUAUAUUUAGAAUUUUUAUGUGGAAAGGCCCACCAGAGAAUGAACGCAAAACAGAGUCUCAAGAAGAAAUAAUCGUAUUACUAUCAGAUAUUAUUUUAACAUUAUUCACAUCACAUAAGCUUGGACUUUACUUUGUAGAUAAUUCUUUGGGAACGAGUGAUGCGAACAAGAAUCAAAAUUUGUAUAAAGCUUUGCAAUCAUUAAAAAGGCCAUGGGAGGAUGAAAAUCAAUGUGAGGUUGUCCUCCAAAUUAUAUACAAAUGUCCAGAUCUGCACAGAGCGAUCAUCAAUAUAAUUGAACAAAAUUUCCAACCGCAACAUUCAACAAUUUGGGAGAAGACAGUGAGAUUUGUAAUAAAACUUUUAGAUACUCUAAAGCCUGAAAAAAUGUUUCCUAGGUUAACUUAUCUGAGUCCUUUGCAAACAGCAAAUUUCAUACGUUUCAUGACUUUGCCUGUGCCAAUAUUGAAACUUAUUAAUUCUGUAAUAGGAAAAGAUCACACUAUUUCUCUAUAUUGUGUAAAAGUGUUAGUAAAAAUGCUACAAACUCUUAAGAAAUAUAUGAAAAUUCUGGAAACAGAAGAUACAGAUAUUAAGUUUUCUGAAGUAAGGAAUAAAUUGGAUAACUUUCUUCCUAAACAUAUGCCAGCACCAAAUAUUAUUGUGUCAUUAAUAAAUGACACAAUAGAUAAAACAGAAGCAAAUUCUUUACAAGAUUUCAGAUUGCCAACACCAGAAAAAGCAGAUUCACUUUUAGUUUUGUUGGAUUUGCUUCUUUUGUAUAGUUAUACUUACCCAACUUCCUUUGAAGUUCUUGAAGGUACCAUAGACAUGAAAAAAAUUCUCGAAUUUUCUAAGUCCCUAUCAACUGGAAAUAUAUCCCUUUUGAAAUUUAAAGUGGUGUCAUUGUGGCUGUUGUUAGACAGCUCAGCUUUAACAUUACAAAAUCCAAUGUUCAGAGAAUUAUUCCUAAUUAUGUUAGAAGUAUACACUGCCAGUAAUGAUACAUGGAUUGAAGCUAAAGAUACAUUGUAUAUAUUUUUCAAAAACACCGAAAUAUUUGAAGGUGAUGAAGACGAGAUACAUUUGAUGCUGUACACAUUAAGAAAUACUAAAGUUAAUCCAAUAUCAUUGGUGGGGGACAUUAUAGAACAUACACUGUCAAAUAGAAACCAACUAACAGAAUAUGUUAGGGACCAAGUUGUGAAUUUCGAGAUAUCAGAUGAAAAUAGCAAAAUGAGCUUGGAUAACCUGUUUAAUGAUCUAAUGCAUGGUAAAAAUACAGAAGAUAGUAUAUUUUUGGAAAACAAAAUUCCUUCACCAUUUAUUGUUGGAUGCAUGCAAUACAUCCAAAAUAAUAAAGAAGCUAAAAAGAAUUUGAAAUCGUUUUUAUGUUUAUAUGUAGCUAAUUUGCUCCAUUGCAAUUAUUCACCAGAGCUAACAGAAGUUUUAAUAGGCGAUUCAAAGUUGGACAUUCGUAGUUACGUUGCUGAAUGGACAGUGAAACCUGUUACCUUUCCAGAAGGUACAAGUGCAGAUGAAACUCUUAAAAAUAUAUCCAAAUCUAUAAUUGAAAAUGAAGAUAUAUUGUUGACUAAUAUUUUCUCCAUAUUAAAUGAAUAUACAGAUAAAGCGGAUUUGAAUAUAAUGGGAACAUCAUAUGAAAUAGAUCAUACAACACCCAUUAAUAGUUCUGAUUUGUUUAUUUGGUCAAAGUAUCUAAUGUUUUGUGCAGUAAGAUUGGCAAAUAUGAACCAAAUGUCUGUGGAACAACAAAAGAAAUUAUCUGUUUAUUUCGACUCUAUCAUUGUGUUGGGAAAACAAUUUCACUUGGUUAAUAUUUGUAGAAAUAUCAUACUGAAUUUAUUCAAAAAUGCCCACUACCUUAAACUAUUCCAGCCUAUUGAUUUGGAUAAAAAUGCAUCGAAUACUCUUGUGACAGAGCUACUUCUUCAAAUUAUACAACAAAAUAAAGAUAUUGUUAACUAUCUUGAUAAAAAGCAUUGCAUAUUGAAAUCAUAUCAACAAAAAACGUUUAAUGAAAUACUAAAAGUAUUUAUAAAAAUAAAAAAGAGAAAAAAUGUUAGCAGCGAUCUUACAAUCAAAGUUUUAGAAACUUUAGGCUUGUCUAAGGAAAAUGAUCUGCAAGUUUUAGAUCAUAUAUUUUCUGUUGACACAAACGCCUGUAUUAGAGAUGAUAAAGAGCCCAGUGUUAUAUUGAAGAUAUUACAAGUAUUAUUACGCAAAUAUUCACGCUCGAUUUCAAAUGAGUUAUCAAAUGACAUAAUAAAAAAGUGUAUGAGCUUGUACACUGCACUGUUAUCUCUUAAAGAAGUGACACCCAAUUUAACUGAACUUGAAGAGUCAUUAAUAGAAUAUUUUGAAAACAAACCCCACCAAGUUAUUCUAUUAGAUGACGAUGAUUUUAAGAAGUUCUUUCAAGCAAAUAGUGUUAGAAAAACCACAUCAUAUUUAGCUGCAACACUAUUGAAAUAUAAUAACAAAUUCUGUAAAAUUUUUAAAGACGAAAUCAACAGACCCGAAAUACUAAGCCAAAGGGAAAUAACAUUGCCAUUGAGUAAUGCUUUGCUAAAUCACAGUCAAUUUUUUGUUGACAAUAAGGAGAUAUUAAUACUAAUUUACGACGAGUACAAAUCCAAUAUAAAUAAAUUUUUGGAGAAGCCUCAUAAAGCUGGUCAAGUUUAUAUAAAUUCCAGUAAUAUAAUCAAAAAGGUUUUAAUUGAAUGUAUGGAUCUUCAGGAUUGUCAAAAGUUCUUCUCUAAAAUACACAAAUUUGAAACAGUACAAUCAAGUCACAUAGAUUUAGUGCAAGUUGUGUUUCUAAAACUAUGUCUACCUAAUAACUCUUCUAAGAAGGACCAUUUGAUAAAUUAUUUUCUGUCCAUGUUAAAUAUCAUGUCAUUAGCCAUAAAAGAGAACAAGGAUCCAAUAAUCAUAGAAAAUUUAGUAUGCAAUAUUCAUAAAGUUACACGUAUAAUUAAAACAACAGCAUGUUUUCACAUUGAUCAGAAGGAAGAUUUUAAAAAGAUAACAGAAACUGCAAUUUGGCAAGGCUUCUGCAAAUCGGUUUUAAAAGAUUCAUUGAAAAUUAGGACAGCUGAUGAAGAGAAUUCGACUGGUCCAAAACUGUUAUUCUUGCUGUCAUGCCUCAUCAAACUCUAUUAUCAAGAAGGUCAUGAAGAUAUAGUUACAUUAUUUGAUAUGGUUACAUCCCAUUCGGAGUUCUUAAACGUAAUGCUCAGUCAUCACAGCCCAGAUAUAAAAUCACGUCUCCUAGAAUUUCUUUUCGUACUUAUAUCUACAAAUAAAUCGGUAAUGAAAACGCAGCAAAUACCGGUAUAUUUGAGCGCAUAUCGUGCGACUAGAAGUCCUUGUGAUAGACUAAUCUUGACAAUUAUCCAGUUUUACGAAAUUAAUGACUUGCCAGUAAAUGAAUAUAAGCCAUACAUUUGGGGAGAUUCUGCGGCUAACCAUUAUUCUGUACGUAAGAAUAGAACCUCAACACUUUGGAGUCACCCAACGCCCAACCAAGUUAUGAACUUAUUCGACAAGGAAGUCAUUGAGAGAACUGUAACACAUUUCCCUGUUAACCAAAAAUUAGAUUACUAUUACGAGACACCAUCUAUAAACAGAAUAUCAAUUAAAAAUUUUAUAGAAAAAACAAUACGUGAUCAUAAAAUUAAGCCUACAAAGGAAACUGAAGAUGCUAUCCAGAGUUUGGUUAUUAGAGAUGAAUAUAACCAAAUCUUAAAUGAUAUAAGAGAAAUGGACGUCGUUUCUACAUCUCAUUUAGACAGUGAUGAAGGCAUUUAUGAUCCCGCAUUUUUAUUUCCACUUUUAGGUCAUCUCUUGGCGCCAGGAUCCAUAGCAUCAUGUUUUAAACUGCUAAGAUCUGGUUUGUUGUCAGUUUCUGUAAUGGGGCUCAGCUCAAACUGUCCUUUGAUGCGCGCCGCCGCUUACCACGUUCUGCACAGGUUCUGUCUACUGUUGGAAACUGAAACGAGACACAAAAACGACAAGCUGCUACUUAACGACUUCAUCACCACUCUGCGACAGAGUUUAUCAACCGCCAUCAAUGCUCAAUCAAAUGACGGUGACCUUAAAGGCAUCAGAAAUCCAAAACUACCCGCAAUCGGAGCUUUGUACUUAGCCAAAGCUCUGAUGGUGUCAACGUCCCCCUCCGAGCCUUUAUACAAACCAGUAAACAAUUAUCUAAUAGCGAAACAAUUUGUCGAUCUAACAGUCGUUCCUGACUUCCUCAGUUUGUUCCACGAUAGCGAUGUAGAGUGUACGGAAAGACGACUUUGGAUACUCGAUAUAAUAAAAGAUGGCACAAAAACCAUGACAGAUUUAACAGUCAUAUUUAAGACCAUGUGUCUUAAAAUGGUGAUGGAUUUCUAUACAACAUCGCUGAGUGAUAAAAAGACGAAAGUAUCAAUAUUGAGAGCUCUUAAUUCGCUUGUCGCUAUUCCUAGGGGUUUCGAGAUAUUGGUCGAGGGUUACGGGUACAUGUCCUGGCUGCAUUGGGUUGGUAGGAAUAUUAGCGAUAAAGCAAUAGUGAAGGAAAUGUUCCAUUUGAUUGAAAGUAUGAUCUACAGCUUAGGUUUUAAUGUGCUAUCUAAAAAUUGUGCUAAAUACGUCUUUAACGGUAACUCGGAUGGGUUGGCAGAGUUCAGAAUCAAAAGCGACGUCGAAUAUGAAAUUUUGAGCGCUAUAUAUGAUUUAUUACCUCAUACAAAUGAUUUGGAGACAGACGAUAUUGUUUCAUACAUUAAAUUAUAUAAUUUAAUAACUAAAAGGUCUGUCAAGUUUUUGACCAAGAAACAAAUUUUGAAUGUUAUAUCGCACUGUAGCGCGUACUGCAAACAUUCGGAGAGCAUAAAAUUGGUACAUCAUGCUGUUGUUUCAAAUAACGCGGUGAUUUUAAAUAGUAAAAGUAUUUUUGAGAAUGUUGUGACUUCAGAGGACAGAUUAAUAAAAGAGCUCAGACAUUUUGUACAGACGUAUGUCGCU